UGAAAGUGCGUUGCGUGAGAAAGACUUCUCGCGCUCGUCUGUCACUUAAGGUCGCUGUGUUGGUGCUGGUGUCGAGACUCUCCUGAACCAUGAGAGUGUGCGUGCUGCUCCCCGCCCUCGCCCUCCUGUCGCGGGCCAGCUGUCAGUGCCUCUCCUCCUCCGACACCUCGCCGCCCCCGCGGCUCCCGAUUCUCAGGCAGACGACCACCUUCAGCCUCGACUUACUCAAGAAGGCUCUCCCUCCGUCGGGGAACUUCUUCAUCUCGCCCUUCAGCGUCUGGAGCGCCCUCGUCCUCGCCUACUUCGGCUCCCGAGGCAACACGAAGGCGGAGCUGGAGCAGGUUCUGCGGCUCACCAACAGGGAGGACACGCUCGCCCUGUUCAGGGCCCUCGAACGGCGCUAUGACUCCCAAGAAGCAAACCAGAACUACACCAUCAACUCGGCUAACAGGAUAUACUUCGACCAGUCCAUUCCCGUUCGAGAAUGCGUGGGAAAAGUCCUCGACGACAAAGUGAAGUUAAUAGACUUUAAUAGGCUACAGUUCUGUUGCCUAUAA